GCAGAGGGAAUGGGUUGGAUGCACUAUCGGGAGCUACACUGCCCGAGGCGAGGGGGAGAUGGGGGCGCCAUCGUUGGCUACACCGCCUGUAGUGGGGGGCGUGUAAGGAGCAGUAGUGGGUGUUGCAUUGCUCAUGGCGGGGGAGGGUUGGGUGCGUUAUCCCGGGCGUCAUUUCCCGCAGCGGCGGGGGCAGUGGAGGGGCUUGUUGAGGGCGCUAUCCAUGGCUGCACUGGUCGCUGAGGGGCAAGGGUUGGGGGCGCUACCUGGGACAUCAGUGCCCAUGGUGGGGAACUUGUUGGGUGUGUUAUCCGAGGCAUCACUCCCCAUGGCUGGGGGCUGGUUGGGGGCGCUACCCAUGGGCUGCACUGCCCACAGCCAGGAGCGUGUAUGGGGCAUUAUCGGGGGCGGACUGCCAGUGGCUGGGUGGGGAGGCGGGUUGGAUGCUAUGUGGGGUUGCACUGCCCGGCAGGGAGUGAGUUCGGUGCGCUAUCUGGGGUUGCACUGCCGGCGGUGGGUGGCAGAUUGGGUGCCCUAUCGCUACACUGCCGCGGCGAGUACCGGGUUGGCGGCGCUAUCCUGGGCUACACCGCCGGUGGCGGGAGGCGUUUUAGGGGCGCUAUCUGGUGCUGCACUGCCCGCGCAGGAGUUGGGUUGGGUGACCUACUCCAGGCGUCACUGCCCGAGGCUGGGGGCUGAUUUGGGGCGCUAUCCCGGGAGUCAUUUCCUGUGGCGAGGGGCUGGUUGAGGGUGGUAUCCGUGGCUGCACUGCCCACAGCACAGAGCGGGUUUGGGGAGUUAUCCCGGGCUGCGCUGCCCGUGGCAGGGGGCAGGCUGCCAGCGCCAUUGGGUGCUGCAUGUACUAGGCACGGACGAGUUAGGGGCGCCAUCUGGGACUGCACUGCCGGUGGCGGGCGGUGGAGGUGUCAGUGACAGCGGUGGUCUCCAAGAGAGGAGCGGUCCUCCUCUUCCCGGCCACCUCCUCCUGUUCUUGCUCAAGUGCGGCGGGCGCACAGCAUUUCCUGAGCGCGGCAGGGGCCCCAGCCCCGUGGUGCUUCCUGGACCCGCCUCCUCUUGCUCUGUGUUGCAGAGACCGCCUGGGACCCCCGGGCACGCAGUAGUGGACACGAGGAGGCUACAGGGCCCUGUGGGUGGAGGAGGCAUCAGGAACGGGAACCCGCACUUGGGUGGGGAGGGCUGGCUGGGGUUGAGUUUCUGCUGCUCCUGCUUCCCGAGGAGUGCAGCCAGGGUGGGUGCAGCGGUUCCUGUGGAGUGGGAAGCCCGGGCACUGUGGUGUCUGCAGUCCCCACUCCAGGCCGCAGUUCCUGGCCAGCUUGCGCUAAAAGGAGAGGCUGGACUUUGAAGUGUGGGUGUGAGUACCUUCGCUGAAACCGGCCCCUGCCACCCAGUGGCCAGCAUGACAAGGUGCGCUCUAAUGUUACCACUCUGCAUCCUGUUCUAGGCUUUUCUGGCUUUGUCUGCCCGGAUGCCCAGUGCCCUGAGAAGGAGCUACAUGCCACAUGCUGGAGGCUAGAGCCUGUGGCACCAUGAUUUGCCUCCGAUGGAGGUGGCUGAAUUAGGCUUCCCAGAGACUGCAGUGUCCCAAUCCAGGAUCUGUCUAUGUGCUGUAUUGUGUGGCCACUGGGACUUUGCAGACAUGAUGGUGAUAAGGAGCCUGAGCCUCAUCAGGUUAGAGGGUGUGGAAGGGCGUGACCCAGUGGGAGGUGGGAAUCUCACCAAUAAAAGGCCCUCGUGUGCCCCUUCCCCACAAGACCUGAGCGCCCAGUGGAAGCAGCUGGAGGACAGAGGAGCUUCCAGCAGAAGAGUGGACAUGGCUGCACUCUUCCAAGAAGCAAGCAGCUGUCCCGUCUGCUCAGACUAUCUGGAAAAACCAAUGUCCCUGGAGUGUGGAUGCGCCGUCUGCUUCAAGUGCAUCAAUUCACUGCAGAAGGAGCCCCAUGGGGAGGAUCUACUUUGCUGUUGCUGUUCCAUGGUCUCUCGGAAGAACAAAAUCAGGCGCAAUCGGCAGCUAGAGAGGCUGGCUUCCCACAUCAAGGAACUGGAGCCCAAGCUGAAGAAGAUUCUGCAGAUGAACCCAAGGAUGCGGAAGUUCCAAGUGGAUAUGACCUUGGAUGCCGACACAGCCAACAACUUCCUCCUCAUUUCUGACGACCUCAGGAGCGUCCGAAGUGGGCACAUCAGACAGAAUCGGCAAGACCUUGCCGGGAGAUUUGACGUGUCCGUUUGCAUCCUGGGCUCCCCUCACUUUACCUGUGGCCGCCACUACUGGGAGGUGGACGUGGGAACAAGCACAGAAUGGGACCUGGGAGUCUGCAGAGAAUCUGUUCACCGCAAAGGGAGGAUCCAGCUGACCACAGAGCGUGGAUUCUGGACUGUGAGUUUGAGGGAUGGAAGCCGCCUCUCUGCCAGCACGGUGCCGCUGACUUUCCUCUUCGUAGACCGCAAGUUACAGCGAGUGGGGAUUUUUCUGGAUAUGGGCAUGCAGAACGUUUCCUUUUUUGACGCUGAAGGUGGUUCCCAUGUCUAUACAUUCAGGAGCGUCUCUGCUGAGGAGCCACUGCGCCCAUUUUUGGCUCCUUCAAUUCCACCUAACGGUGAUCAGGGUGUCUUGAGCAUCUGUCCUUUGAUGAACUCAGGCACUACUGAUGCUCCAGUCCAUCCUGGGGAGGCCAAACAAACCCCCACUGCAAAAAAACAAAAAACAGGGUAAGAAAAUUACUUGGGUGGGUAGACUUAGGAACGCUCUACUUGGUAAAAGCAUUAUACAAAGUCAUAGGAGAAAAAUAUGGGACAUUUCUUGAUUGUACUUAAUCUAAUUUGAUUAGAUUAUAGAGUCCUAAGUAUUAAUUAUUGCCACCAUCAAACUCAUUGAGUCCUAUGGUUCACAUCUUGUUUCCUAUAGAAAUGUCCUGUAUUCUGGGAUCAAUUUCCAAAUGCUUUAUUUUUUAUUUCUGCAAGUUCAAAUUAAUGUAUUAUAGAAGUUAUGAGUUAAAUAAACAUUGGAAUAUCACCUAA